CCUAGAGCCGACCGGCGAGUUCUACCCCUCUUACUGGUCGGGUUCGCUGUUUACCAGUUGGACAGAACCAACAUCGCGAGUGCAUUAACGGGAAACUUUGCAAAAAUCAUUUCAGUCGACCAAGAUAUCAUCAACAUUGGAAACCAGCUGAUGUUCUUGGGUGUGAUUCUACUUGAGAUACCAUCAAAUAUUAUCUUACACAAGAUUGGUCCUCGUCAAUGGAUCAGCGCACAAGUUUGCAUUUUUGGAGUUGUUGCAUGUUUACAAAUAUUUGUGCGCAACGAAGCAGGAUUUUUGCUUACUAGAUCUAUCUUGGGUCUUACCGAAGCUGGGUAUAUCCCAGGAGCGAUGUACACACUGUCAACAUGGUAUACUGCAGCAGAAUUGACCAAAAGAAUCGCCAUAUUUUUCUUUGGCAUGUUUGGCGGGACCGCUAUCUCUCCAUUGCUUGGAGCUGCUCUGUUGAAGCUGGAGGGAAAGGGUGGCCUGUUUGGCUGGCAAUGGAUAUUCCUUGGUAUGAUUCAACGCAUUCACGCAAACAUGCUAGUCGAAGGUAUCUUUUCCAUUACGGUCUCCAUAAUGAUUUUCUUUUGCCUACCUGAAGAAAUAGGAGAUAGUCUACUUUCAGACAGCGAAGUACCCCGCGACUCAAAUAGAACUUUGGCCGCACCUUCCAAACUUCACAUAUCGCCACGCUUGGUGUGGCAGACAUUGACCAACACAAAAAGAUUACCGCAUUUCAUCGCAACGGGGUGCGUUUUCUCCACAUGGAGUCCACUGACCACAUACACUCCGAGCAUUUUUGUACAAUUGGGCUUCUCCCACAUUGAAGCAAAUUCACUUGCCGCAAUAGGGAGUUUGCUUACUAUCCCAGUGAUUUUGCUUUUUGCAUGGAUGAGUGAUAGGUCAAAGAGAAGAGGUUUUACUGUGAUGGUGGCCAUUUCAUUUUAUUUGAUCACAUUGGUUAUAUUAAGAGUUUUCCAAAAUUAUGUUGGAAAAUGGGGUAAAUUUGGACUAUGGACCGCGGUGAAUGCCUUCGCCGUGGGAUAUCAUCCAAUUCACAAUGCUUGGAUCCAAAUAAACUGCAAGACCCCCGAAGAGAGAAGCAUAAGUGUUGCGUAA